GUGGCUUGCAAGUGGCUACAAUGGAAAAGUCAGGUUAUGGUUCGCCUUGUUUACAGUGAUUCGAGUGAUUUACAGAUCCGUGGUAUUUUGACACGUGCGCGUAAUUUCUCUGAGGAAAUUCUUUGAAAUCUUGACUAUCCUUUGCGAAGAAUUGUCAGACUUCUCCGCAAUUUGACCGUUUCUUGGAGGGUGUUAUCGUUUAUUUUUUACAUACCGUGAUAAUUAAUCGUUAUAAAUAUGGAUCCGAAGAAAGUAUCUCUGUCGAAGAGUAUAUUGCAAAUGAAGUUCAUGAAACGGACGAAAGACAAAGUGGAGAAGGAGCAUUUUCAGGAGGAAGGAGAGGAGUACUUCGGCAGCGAGCUUACAUCACGCAUGAAGGAAGCGUCUGGAAAAUUUCUCAUUGAACCGAGCUAUGUUUUCUGCGAGGGACUCGCCGACGGUAGAUUGAGCUUUCAAGGAAUGAAUCCAACUAUAGAGAAAUUAAUGGAAGUAAAGGAGAAUGCCAAACGAGCCAAAAUAGAGGUGAAACAAGAGGCCGACAUAUCUGAUGAACAAAUGGCCGUUCAGUGGAAGAAAAUGCGAACGAAGUUUGACAAAGUAAACAAGAACAGAAAGGCGCAGCAUAUAAAGUCCAACGACCAAGACGAACCAUUGAGGAAGAAACCAAAAUUCCUGAAACCAGCAGACUGAAUCGACAUUGUGGCUAAUUUUUGUAUAUUUAAUGGAAAAGCUAAAAAAGUAAGCAAAAAAAGCUCGAAUGUAUCUAGCCACAUGUGGUUUUCUUUGCCACGAAAUUUG